AACAAAAAGGAACAAAACAAAACAGAGAGCUCUAGUCCUAGGAAACAGGGGCGACCUGACCUGUAAGAACACACAGAGACACAGCCAUGGCAAGAAACCUCAAUGCUCUCGUUCUUGUGCUACUUGCAGUAGCCACCGCUCUCCAUGGCUCCGCAGCACAGACCAGACAUGUGGUGGGUGACACCACGGGCUGGACCAUCCCUUCUGGCGGUGCUGCAACCUACGUCACCUGGGCUGCAACCAAAACCUUCGCCGUAGGCGACACUCUAGUGUUUAACUUCUCGACUGGGCAACACGAUGUAGCGAAAGUGACAAAAUCAGAUUUUGAUGGAUGCAAUGGUAAGAGCGCCCUUUUGACCAUAACAAACGGUCCCGCGAGCGUGACGCUCAACGAGACUGGGGAACAAUAUUACAUUUGCACCUUUGGCUCCCAUUGUUCCCUUGGUCAAAAGCUCGCUAUUAACGUUUCCAAAGCCUCUAAGUCCCCUUCUCCUGCCUCUGCUCCUCAACCUAGUGGAAGUUCUUCACCAAAAACUAGUCCUAUCCCAUCACCAACUCCAACACCAACACCAGCACCAACUGCUAAAUCUCCAUCCAGUGCACCAGUUACUUACACAGUUGGAGACACUUUAGGUUGGACGGUUCCUAAGAAUGGUCCUGCUGCUUUCAAAACCUGGGCUUCUGGCAAAACUUUCAAGGUUGGAGACAUACUAGUCUUCAACUACCAAUUGAAUCAACACAACGUAGACGAAGUGACAAAGGAGAAGUUCGAUUCUUGCAACUUAACAUCUCCUCUUGCGACUUAUACCACACCACCUGUGAGAGUUACCCUUAAAAAGUCUGGUACCCAUUACUUCAUCUGUGGAUUUCCUGAACACUGCCCUGGAGGUCAAAAGCUUGCAAUCAACGUCACUGGCAGCGGCGGAAGCACCGCCACACCGCCUUCCACCGCCACACCGCCUUCCUCCGCCACUUCUCCUCCACCGUCUUCCCCCAGAAAUCCUUCUUCCCCUUCUCCAACAGGUGCUGCUACUAGCCCUCCUCCACAGAACUCCAGUGCUGCAUCUUUUGGAGCUGUUGGAUUAUUUGCCACCCUUCUGUCAAUUGCGGCGGCGCUUUUCUAUUAGAGAGAUGAGAUCAUAGUUACGAUUGUUGUCAACUUGUGAUUCAUUUUCGUUCUCCGAUUGUGUUUCAUAGAUUCAGUUUUUUUGGUGACAUUUUACAAUAAAGUUAGCUUUCCCUUCAUCGGCUACAGUGUUUUUUCCUCUCGUUUUUAAGUUCUUUAUUCCUUUCUGAUGAGAAAAUUAGGUAGAGUAAGCUGUGUGAAUAAUAAGGUAACAAAAUUACUGUAUUUCUUUCUUUGAGAGUUAAGAUUGUUGUUG